CGCCUGAACAGAGUGCACUGCUCUGCUCUCUCUCCGUGUGUUCGAUGUUUAGCAAAAAGAAGAAGGCUCCGGAGCGGGUUCUGAUCAACGGAAAUGGCCGCAUCGGCCGGCUGGCCCUCCGCACACUCCUCAACCAGACCGAGGUGACAGUGGUGGCGAUCAACGAGCUGCGGGGCGAUAUCGAGACGUCCGCCUACAUCACCGAGUAUGACACGCACCACGGCCGCUUCCUUUCCGGCAAGAUUAGCACCGAGGGCGACAUAAUCGAUUUUGAUGGCACCAAGGUCAAGUUCCUGCAGAUCGCGAGCCCGGCCGACGUUCCGAUCGCAGAGCUCGGUGUCACCGUCGUGAUGGAGUGCACCGGCAAGUUUUGCUCCGUCGCAAAGGUGCAGCCCUUCCUCGACCUCGGCGCGAAGAAGGUCGUCGUCUCCGCGCCCGUAAAGGACGCCGGCGUGCCAAACGUCGUCCUCGGCGUCAACGAGGCGGCCUACGUGCCCGCGGAGCACAGCGUGGUGACUGCCGCCUCGUGCACCACCAACUGCAUCGCGCCAGUCAUCAAGCUGCUGCACGACAAGGUCGGCGUCAAGCACGGCUCGAUCACGACCAUCCACUGCCUCACAAACACGCAGAGCGUGCUCGACGCGGCGUGGUGCGCCGAGAAGGAGCCGCGGCGCGCGCGCGGCGCAAUCAACAACUUUUACCCGACGACGACCGGCUCGGCCAAGGCGGUGACCGAGGUGAUCCCGGAGCUCAGGGGCAAGCUCAACGGGCACGCCGUGCGCGUACCAAUGGCCACCGCGUCGCUCACCGACAUCACCCUCGAGAUGGCGCGCGAGGUGACUGCGGCGGAGGUCAACGGCCUCUUCGCCGCCGCCGAGAAGGGCGAGCUGGCGGGCAUCCUCGGCAUCGAGGAGAAGAAGCUGACGGCGGCGGACUACUGCAACGACGGCGCCUCGACGAUCAUCGACGCGGCGUCGACCAUUGUGAUGGGAGGCACGCAGUGCAAGGUGCUCGCGUGGUACGACAACGAGUGGGGCUACGCCUGCCGCCUCGCCGAGCUGACCCGCAAGGUCGCCGCCGCGAUGUAGCCUCCUGCCAGGAGUUUCGUUCUGUUCACAGCGAGCGCUAUUUGCUGCGCGCGCUGCGGGCCUUGGUGCGCCCUGGCUGUUCUUCGAUUCUUCGCCUUCCUACUUACCGUUACUAUCCAUGGUUUGGGGGAUCUUGGAUUCACAGGUCGCACGCGUGUGAGCGAAGUCCACUCGCGCCGCGCUCCAGCCACCAGCGGUGCGCCGGUGGUGCGUCCGCACAUACGUACCUUGGGGGUGAAGGGUGGCGACAAGAGACCGCACGGUCUGCCUUGCUUCUAAACCACGCCCACGUGGGAUCACGGCGCUCUGAAGGGAGGCCCCGCAGGCGCAGCCCGAGCCGGCUCGCUAGCCGUCUACGGUCUAGGGUUACGCGACAUGUCUCAUGAGGCGUCAUUGGAGAAGAACCAG